CUGCCUGCUGGUUUGUUUUCGAAACUGCGUCGUGUACGGAAUAAAACUACCUGCCGGAAUAUCCCCUGGAGUCUUUCUGGCUAACCGAGGUUAUAUCACUUCCACAGCAGGACAGUCUUUGAUUUAGAGUAGUCCUCUGUCUCAGCUAAAAUUAGGUCAUUUCCCCCAUAUCAGUUUCCAAGUUCCUUAUUUUAUUAGCCACUUCCGGAAAAGCCUCUCAGAAAUGUAAGAUGAGGAGACAAAGAAGGCGGGUGUCUUUUCCUUCUCUGGACUGAACACUCUUCUCGACAGAUUUUGCGCCUGACAAGGCUCAGAUAGAGAGUGGAGAUUUGAGGACGCAUCUCCAAUCUAGAGCUCACAGGACCAUGGCGGAGCAGAAGGCACUGGCAUCAUCGGGUAGCGUGACCUGGGCACGGGUGUGCAAAGAGUGUGGGCAGUGCCACGAGAGCAAAGAGAGUCACAUUUAUGAGUACCAGGAUGAGGUGGAUGAUGAGCUGGUGUGUCACAUAUGUCUGCAACCACUGCUGCAGCCUGUGGACACGCCGUGUGGACACACAUACUGCCUGCAGUGCCUGAGCAGCUUCUUGCGUGAACAGGACUUCUGCCCUGUGGACCGGCAGCGAGUGGCAUUGCAACAGUGCCGGUCUGCCAGCCUGCUGGUGCGCAACCUGCUCGAUAAGCUCACCGUGCUGUGCCCUUUCCACAACGAGUGCCAGCAGAGCAUGCAGCGCUGUGAGCUACAGCCUCAUCUGCACAACAGAUGCCUUGCAUUCAGGCGGCUCAGGGAAGAGGCUGAGAAGAGGAAGAGACCUUCCUGGAAUGAGUUAAAGAGAAGCAAGACAGAAGAAGAAUCUGAUACCAGAUCCAGCCAAGCACACACACGUACAACCAAUCCUUGUGGACUCCCAGAGCCUGGCAUGGUUAAUCCUGCCUUUGAGGAGGCAGAUGACGGAGCUCCCCUCCGCUCCAGUCUUGUUGCUGAAGCAAACAUUGUCGAGCUGUUUCGUGAAGAACCAGGAGAGGAUUUGGGUUUGCGCAUAGUUGGAGGGAAGGACACGCCCUUGGGGAAUAUUGUAAUUCAGGAGAUUGUGCGUGACUCGGUGGCUGCCCGUGAUGCCAAACUCGCCCCAGGGGAUCACAUUCUAGAGGCAAAUGACGUGAGCCUUGCCUCUGUCCCUCAUGUUCAAGCCAUCAUUGUGCUGCAGCGGCCAUGUUCUGUUCUCAGGCUUACAGUUAUGCAAGAGAAGGGCUUCAAGCCAAAGCCUGAGCACCACAUGCAGCCUUCUACCUUUCCUAUGGUUCAGCCCUCACACAAUCUGGGCACGGUGAUCCAGGUGGCACUGGUGAAACGCGAGCGCUCCGAGCCCCUCGGUAUCAAGCUUAUCCGCAAGUCAGAUGAACCCGGUGUCUUCAUUCUAGACCUGUUACCAGGAGGCCUGGCUGCCAAAGAUGGCAAAUUGCGCAACAAUGACAAAGUGCUGGCCAUCAAUGGCCAUGAUUUGAGGCAUGGUACACCAGAGAGCGCUGCUCAGAUCAUCCAGGCAAGUGAAGUACGGGUGAAUUUUGUGGUGAUGAGGCAGCCAGAGUCCACUGAAGAGGGAACUGAGCUGCAAAGCAGAGGAGCCAGGAGAGGUGCUGAGAACCAGUAUUUCAGACGGCGCUCCACGUUCAUGAAGGAUCCUCCUGGUGGAUUCUCCAGUCAGGAAAAGACAGUGAGCCUGAAGAAGGAGCCACGACAUUCACUGGGUAUCACAAUCGCUGGUGGGAGAGAUGGCCGCAGUCGUCUGCCUGUGUACAUUACCAGUGUGCAGCCAGUGGGCUGCUUGCACAGAGAUGGUACCAUCAAACCAGGUGAUGUGUUGCUGAGCAUCAAUGCUGUUGACCUGACCCAGCUGACUUAUAACGAAGCCGUGUCUGUGCUGAAGACACAGACAGCCCAGAGUUCUGUGACCCUACGCGUCAUCCGCACCAUUGCAGAGGAGGAAGAACAGGACGCAGAGGCAGCAAAUCAAGAAGAAAUGGACACCGUGGGGAACCCCAGAGAGGAUGACGUCAACUGGUCCCCUCUGUGGACCCGCUGGCUGGGCCUACCCAGCCACAUGCACUGGUGUCAUGACAUCGUGUUAUUAAAAACCAACAAUGAGAGCUGGGGCUUCAGUAUUGUGGGAGGAUAUGAAGAAAGUCGAGGUCAACAGCCCUUCUUCAUAAAGACCAUAGUACCUGGAACUCCUGCCCACUUUGAUGGUCGUCUCAAGUGCGGUGAUGAAAUUGUGGCUGUGAAUGGAGCUACUACAGUGGGCAUGAACAAUUCAUCCCUGAUUCCUAUGCUGAAGCUACAGAGGAAUAAAGUCACACUUACUGUCGUAUCCUGGCCUGGAAGCCUUGUAUAAGAUCUGACUCAUAUAACAUGUUCUCACUGGUCUCAGAUGUGACGGUUUAAAACUGGUUUUUGCAAUUCGAUAUCUGGUGAAAAUGGAUCGAAUACUGGAACGUUGGACGAUAAUCACCGACUGGUUUUAAAACAAAAAAGGACUAUCUGGACGUGUUUAUUCCUCCUUCCUUAUGGAACUGUGCUUACUGGAGGGAUGGAUGAUGCUUUUUAGCACAUGGACACCUGGAAACUAUUUCAGUUUCUAAUUCGAGGUGAUCAACAAACAUGGGUCAGUUUUACUGAACGUUCAUUUUCUUUGCGUCACAACAAUGAUUUUCACCUGCGUGUGUUUUGUGAGUGGAAACAUGCACCAAUGCUGUACUACUUUGAGUGGGUACAUUUAAAGAAUGACCAAUACAGACACACUUAUGAGUGUGGUAAUUUGUGUUAAAUUACUGAAUAGUGACGCAGUUUCUAUGAUCCUACAUAAAAUGGGACAAUACCAAAGUCUUAAUAUUUUUCUGAAUCAUUUUUCUUUUCCUUUUGCAAUUUUUGUGAACGUAGCUGUUCUUUAUUAUGUGAUAGCCUGUUACUGAGUGACAUGAUUUUAAAACGAUGUAAAUCAUGGCCAUCUUGUUUUCUUUCAUUUUAAGUAUCUAGACUUGAUUUGUAUAUGUAUAGAAACCAACUGCCUUAAUCGCUAUGAAAUCAAAAGGCCAUUUUAAUUUCAUUUUUUUUAAUCCAAAUGUACACUGGUUUCUGCUUUCUUUACAUCAAUGAUAGAAAAGGGCUAUUACCAAAACUAUAUAAUAAAGGAUUCAGAUUUAUUUUAUGACUUUGUUCUAGACAGAUAGUAAUUUAGACUCUUCUACACACUGUCCCUCCUCACCCACCAGUAACUUGCUUAUGAUUGGGGGGAAGUAUCUUAAAUUCAGAGCAUUGCUUCUCUUCCCUGUAUAUAUUCAGAAUAUUUAUGCAGAGUGAUUCUUUCUUUAGAAACUCUUGCUGGGACAUUUUAAUGUAUUGUGAAGACUUUUCUGUGAAAUCUAUUUGACUGAAAUACCCUCCCACAUAUAUAAGGAUAGAUCUCAUCCUCACCACUCCUGAUUCUAGGAGGAAUUGAAGAAUACACAGUGUUUUGUUUUUACAUGGAAUUACAUUUAACCAGGCAUAGUAUAAACUCAGCAGGGAAUGUAGUGGAAAGUAUGGUAAACUGAACAAGUCACGUCUUGUUCUUGGGAGGUGAGUAAAAUCCUCAGUUGCUCUAUCUGUAGAUUAUGGUGGAAAUAAACAUUUCCUUCACACGAA